CAUUUUUUUAUGUUUAGAUAUAUACCUACUAUUAGUCAGCUACGUGACUCCAACUAUCAAAACUGGCACAAACUGUGGAUAUUUUUGGUCAGAUUUUGCGCUAAGAAAAUCCACCAAUCUAUGGAUCUCACUAAUAGGCUCUUAAGGAUUGUGGAAUAUGCCUUUAGGACUUCAUCACAUGAACAAAGACUUAGAGGAUAUGAUUGUUGGAAGGAGCUCAUUGAUAAUGCUAGCUUAGACCCGCAUCACAUCUCUUCCGCAAAACAAAUAAAAUUAUUGGUAACACCUCUAAAAGCGAAAUUUUCUAAACAAGAAGUAGUAAUUUCGAAAAGAUUCGAUGUGUUUGUUCACUUGCUACAGAAGCUAAAAGGUGAAAGUGUUUUGUGCCUUUCCGAAUUUUUAGAAUUCUGUUUUGGUGUUAACACGACCGACAAGGAUAAUCACAGGUCAGGCCAGGCAAAAACUGUGCCCAUGAUAUGGCCAAAGAGUACCAAAGUCCUGCUAUCCAUUUUGGGACACAGCCAUGAAGAAAACACUGAAUGCGUAGAACAGAUUUUUAAAAAUCCAAUUUUAACCCAAGAAAACUUCAAGAAUCAUUAUAUUGUUAUCAUUAAUUCAGUAGGAGAGUGCUGUGGUUUACUGAAGGAUAGUAAUUUCGAUUUUAAUAAAGAUCAGGUUAUCAGAUGUAUGUGGAAGUCGCUUUUUAACUUCAUACUGUCAGCUAGUGAGUCGGAUAAGAUUAUUUACAAUAAUAUGAUUAUUAAUAUUUUGGAUGGUUAUAUAAAGCUCUCUAAAGACUCGAAAGACUCCAGUUACUACAAAAGCCUCAUUACCCUAAUCUUUACUUCGUUGAUGGAAUUCAAUAAAGAUAUGUUACACGAUUCUAUUUCGCAACUUUUAAAACAACUGGUCACAAUUUUCUUUGAAGCAAACAUCGAGUCUGACGAAGCCCAAAAUUAUUUCAAGCAGCUAUUAGCUCAUUCUUUCUCCACCGUAAUUUUAGAAGAAAAGAAGAUAAAGAUGAUUGAAACACUGUUAGAUUGUUUAGUUUCACUACCAAUAGAAGAAUGCAAUUCAACUAAUUUUUCUAAAAUUUGGACAUUGGUGGCCCAUGAGUUAACAACUGACUUUUCUGUAGAAAGGUUAACUCAGUUUACUAAAUUCAAAGAAUUUUUUUUAUGGCCUUCUCAUUAUCUGCAUUAUGUGGAUUUACAAGAGAAAAAACAAAUAACAAUUAACUGGAUGAAACUUUACAGAAAGCUGACUUUUGAAUCAGAUGUUAAAAAAGUUGAGAUUAUAAAAGACCUAGAAAAAGAUUUUAAAAACAACCCUCUUCUUUCUUCAAACAUUACAUCCUUGUUGAAUGUAAUAUCUCAGUUUGAAACUAAGUUUGGCAAAGAAUUCGUUACGAAACUUAUGGAUGUGGUAUCUUUAGUUCUUCAACUACCAAAUUUAAAUUCAGAAGAUCAACAAAAAUUAUCAUCUCUCGUAAUGCAGUACUUUGAAUCCUCUUUAGAGUGUUUUACUUCCGAACAUAAUGAAGAACUUAUUAAAUUUUUGUGUAAUUGCAUAGAACACAUAUUGCGUAUUCAUUCAGAUUUUAAGUUACUUGAUCCGUUUGUUGCAUUUUACAAAAAUUGCACAGCGAAUCUUCAAACUCAAUUUGCAUUCCAUCUUAAAAACGUAUUAGUGGAAUUGCUUGAUAAAGAAAUCGACGCUAACAGCUACGCCAGUAAAGAAAUGUCCAAAUGCUUAGUGUUAUUCACUGAUGGCGUUAAAGACAAAGACAAAGAAGAAGAAAAAAAGACUUUUAUUAUACCGACUGGAAGAUCAGCACGCAUUGCUCGCAUGGGAAAGGAUUCUCCUAGAAGUCCCCGCAAAGCAGGCACAUUAAGACUUUUUGGAAAGGACAUUGAAACGAUGUCCCCACAUAAACUUAAAGGCAGCCAGCUAAACAAUUCUCCAGUUUCAAGUAAGAAAAAUGCCGUCAACGUCGUAAAGGUGAACCAAACAGGAACAAAGCCUAUCAGUGAGGAAAAUUCUCAAGAUUUUGUUCCAAUAACUUCUGAAGUUAAAUUACAAGUAAACAAAUUGAACGACCAUCAGAAAGAAAAGUUAAAGACACGACGUGAUGACAUUCCGGCUCUCUACCAAGACUUAUCGCAAAGUCUAAGCCAAGACAUAUUUAGUUCAAAAUCAAAUUCUCGAGAAACUACCAAAUCAUCAGAGUGUGAAAGCGAAGAGAAAAAAGAUAAUGGCAAUCCAGUUUCUCUUACAUCAAUUCCAGAAACUUUAAAUUCAGAAAGCGACAUGUUCCCUGAUACGCCUAAAGUUGUAUUUAACGAUAUUAAUAUUGAAAAUAAUGUUGAUACAGAAAUCAAUGAACCUGAAACAACGGUUAUACCUCUGGACCAAAAUAUUCCCAAUUCAAACUUUGAAACAAUUACUAAAGAAACAAUUUCUAAUGAUCUCUUUAAAUCAGAUUCUACAGAAGAUAUUAAAAAAUCAACAGAAUCUGACAUUAUUGAAUCAGAUUGUAAAGAAUCAAUACCUACAGAAGAUAUUAAAAAAUCAUCACAAACUGACAUUAUUGAAUCAGACUGUAAAGCAGACGAUGAGGAUGUACAAGGAAUUCAACAUUUUAAGGGUUAUUCUAGAAAAAAAUCACAUGGUAAUUCAGAUAAUGCAUUAGAAAAAAGAAAGCGAAGUGAAUUAGAAAGGUUAAGGAUGGAUAUAGUUGGAGCCGAGAAAUUUCUCGAGUCUCCUCGCAGAACUCGCGAGAAGAAACCCAAGAAAAACGUCUGUGAUACUGAAAACAAAGUAAAUAAGUCUGUUAAAAUAUCUGAAAAGUUACAAGAAAAAGAGAAAGGUGCUGAAAUGUCUGAAAAUACAAAAGAAAAAGAUAAUUCUGUUAAAAUGCUUGAAAAUAUGGAAGAAAAGGAAAAAAGCAACUCUAUUUCUGAAGUUAUACAAGAAAUCAACAAAGAUAAAGCUGUCCAACUACCUGAAAAGAAGCCAGAAAAGAAAAGAGGUAGAUCCUUCAAGAUGUCUAAAACUACGGAGGCCAAGGAUGUAGAUCAAUCUAAUAAAAUUUUUGACAAUAAGGAAGAAAAGAAAAAUAGUAUUUCUGUUAAUAUCGCUGAAAAUACAGAGGAGAUGAAAAUAUCUCUUAAAAUAUCGGAAAAUACGGCAGAAAAUGAAAAAGACAAAGCAGCGAAAAUGUCAGAAAAUUUGAAAGAUAAGAAAAAACAUAAAGUUACUAAACAAAUGCUUGAAAAUACAAACGAAAAGAAAAAAGAUAUUUCCAUGUCUGAAAAUGUAGAAGAAAAUACAAAAGAUAAAUCUCCUAAAUCGCCUGAUAAUAUGGAAGAAACGAAAAAAGAUGAAUAUGGUAAAAUAUCUGAAAAUACGGAAGAAAAGACCAAAGACAAAUCUGCUAAAAUGUCAGAAAGAAAGCAAGAAAAGAGAAAAGAUAAGUCUCCUAAAACUCCUGACAAUACGGAAGAAAAGAAAAAAGAUAAACAUGCUAGAAUGUCUGAAUAUAUUGAAGAAAAGAUACAAGAUAAAUAUGUUGAAACUCCAGAAAAUCCUCAAAACACCGUAAUUUCUCCUAAGAGGUCUGUGGGACGGCCGAGAAGAAAUCCGUUACCACUUCAGCCUGAAGAAAAAAUAAUCAGUCCAGUAGCAGCUGUUCCAAACAGUGUACCAAAUGAAACACCAGAAAAGAAAAGAAGGGGGCGACCUAAAAAAAGUCCCGAAGAGAAAACGAGAACAGCAAAAAUUUUCGAAAAGCUAGAGUCGCCUACAAGGAGCAUCGAAAGAUUAGCAAAAAAACGACAAGAAGCUAUGAAAAAAACUGAUAAAACUCCCGAGGGCGAAAAUAAGGCGUGCAAAUUUGAAUCUUCUCAUAUAAAGAACCUAUUCAGAAAACUUAGCGAACAAUACUCAGGUAAAGAAUUUGAAAAAACAAACGAAUCUGUUAAUAAAACUCCAGAAAAAACGUUAGGAAUCACACAAGAAACUGAGGGUAGAGGACAAAAGCGAAAAGCUCCUACAGAUGAUGAAAAUGAUGACAUUAUUGAGAGUUCUCAAGAGUCAUUUGCUGAAAUUGUUCCUUUACUAAAUUCGUCUAAAAAGAAGCCAAUUAGACUAAGUAUUACUAAAUCCGGUUCUCAUUUAGAAUGUAAAGUAAAUAUUUCAGAUAAUAAUACUCCAAAUACAUCAAAUUUAGUUACUGAUGCUGAUACCGUACAUAGUAAUGCUAUUAAAAUACCUGACAAAGCGGAAGACGAAGGUGUUAAAGACAUUAAUACCACCCAAGACACUACACUCACUCAAAAUAGUUCUCGAGAUUCAACUCAAACGGAAGAUACAGUUUCUAAAGUCUCGGUGAUGACAGAUAGCACUAUAACACAAACAGCCAGAGAGGAUCCUGUAGAAGCACUAAUCGAAUCUCCAGAACCUCCUCAAAAGCCUAAAUUAUCUGAAUCUGAACUAAUUAUGUGUCAGAUGGAUACAAUGUCAGUUUGCGGGUCAAAAGAAACGAUUACGGAUAACAAGGAAAUGCAAGACCGAUUGGCAUCUCCCGUAUCACUUAAUUCAGUUGAAGAUAUACUUGCGUCGUCCCAAACUCCUGAGUCUGGUACUCCCCUAAGCACACCUCAGAAAUCUCAGAAAAUUCCAACAUCUCCAGUUACAGCUGAAACACCAAAUAGGACAAAUGAAUUACUGGAUAAUACGAUCAACAUUUCCCCUAUAACUUCCAGAAGUAAUUCCGAAGAAGAGAUUUCAGUAGAGGUGCCCAUCGCUAAACCUCUAGAGUUUCUUGAAGUACUGGAAGACGAAAUAAAAACUCUAGAGCAGGAAGAGAUGAAUAAUGCCAGUGAAGAAAUAGAUGACGAUAUUGAAGGUGUAGAUAUUAGUGGGAAGUUUGCCAACGAAUUGCCGAAGGAUGACACUUUUACAGAUGAAAACUCUUCUGAUGAUUUUGAUCCUGCAGAUGCUUCCAGUGAAGCUGAAAUGACUCCUUUAGAAACAAGUGAAAGUAAAGACAAUGAAGAAAUUGUACAGUUCAAUUCUGCCCCUGAGACAGAACUUAACGAAGAACCGCCUAUUCAGAAUGGUCAAGUGUCAACUACAAUAAAUAUUACCUCCAAUAAAACAUUUAAGGGACCAACAGCAAUUCAAGAAAAAGCUUCUAAAAUCCAACAUAUAUUCCAUACAUUUAUGUCUCAAAAGCAUAUGCUAAAGCGGAAAAUAGGAAGUACAUCAUCUCCGUCGACUUUAAGAAUAAAAAGAUUAAUGAACAACGUCGGACAAAAGCAGAACGUUCCAGAAGUAACUGAAACCUUUAAUGAAGAAGAUAUAUUGACGUUUUCGAGAGAGAUACCCAGUCCACUUGCAGUUCCUCGAAGUAGUAUACUUAAAAGGAAAUUUACAGAUAGUAGUGAUACCGAGAAUUCUCCAUGUCCAAAAAGAAAGCGAGUGAACUUCAGUGAUCCGUGCCUCACAUCCAAAAAACUCUAUAUAAAAGAUGAGUUUCAACCCAGUCUUGAGGCCAAGAGGCUGUUUGAUGUUACACCAGACAAGAAAUUCCCUGAUGAAGUUUUGAAGGAUCUCUUCGGUUUCUCAGAUGACACUCCCAGCUCAGAACUUUCUACUGAAACAGAAUCAGACUGUCCUGACACAGAACCGAGUUUGUCGGUGGUAAAUCCCAUGGUUUUACAGAAGAACAAACCAAUUUUCCCAAAACUCUUAGACUGCAAGGACGAUGUUCUAAUAAUUGUUAAAAGAAUAACUAGCCCAAUGUUUGUUCCAGCUUUAAUGAAUAAAUUAAAGUCCAGGAACGUGGAAACCAUUGGAGAUUUGGCAAAACUAAGCGAGUCUGAAGUGAACCGUAUUCCCUUCAAAGUGCCAGUUGUUGCUAAUGUUAUAAAGGCUUUGGAAAAUUACUAUAGGAAAAAAGGGGAUGGAGAAAAGCUUGAGGAAAAAUUGAAUAAUUGUCGUGAAGGCGAAGGCAAAAAUGAAGAUGAAGAAGUGCCCAAGUUAGAUAUUAAAUUAGAAUUAAAGAUGUUAAUUAAUAGAGCAAUACGUGAGAAAGUACCUGCAGAAGAAUUGUCAAGUAUUGUACUAUCCAACAUAGACCCAUCAAAACUUACUUCGAUAGUCAAAUCUUACAACCCAGCAAUAGCCCUAGAUGCUUUGGAAGAAAAGGACUUCUCUGCAGUAUUAAAAGUGAUAAUUAAUUCGAAAGGAAUCUCAGACAUAUUAAAAAGAACUCACGGCACUUUAUUCAAUGACGAAAGGGAGCACGAGUUUUAUGAAGCAAUAGCCGAGUAUGUUAAAUACACUAUGCCGUUGGAGAAGUUCUUUAAAGGAAGGAGUAUUGAGGAUUUAGAGGUAGGUGUAGAGGAGAGCAUUAAAAAUAAAACCUUUCAUAAGAGCGAUGUCAUACAGCACUGUCUUAUGCCUCUGAUAGAGGGACCUAAGGAUCUGUUUCCGUAUCUAGAAAAUCUUUCCCAAAUAGAUUUUGAUGAAAUUGUGAUGAAUCGUUUAGACAAUGAAAACUUGCAAACUUUCUUCGAAAGAAUCCUUACAGCUAAAUCCGCAGAUAGCCUGAAAAAGAUCACGGAAAAUGUGUGGCUCAAACAAGCUUCCACGUCCAGUGAAAUCGUUAGUUGUUUCAAAAAUAAAAUAAAUUCUCAAAACGACAACGACAAAAAAGACAUAUUGGUGGAAAUGUUUAAGUUUUGUAGUGAAAAUAUAGACUCUAAUACUCUAUUGGAGCUUCACGUCAGCUUCCUUAGGAGAAUCUCAGUUCAACUUACGGAGGAAAAAUAGUUUUUAGAUUUUAUAAUGAGUUCGUUCAAAUCCAAGAAACUCUUAACUUGAUAUUCGCUAAUAUUAUGCAUAUAUGUAUAAUUAAUUAAAUAAGUUUUUAUUUUAUUGGAAACUACAAAUAGUUAAUCUGAUUUUCAAGAGAAUAUUAAUACAUAAGGUACGCCAGUUAAAAUGUUGAGACAAUCCCAGAAUUUUCAAAUGUUGACCAUGAUCAGCAGUGUCUUUUAGUACUAAUUCUUAUACUUCUUUCGUCGAUUCUUUAAUUUUACAAUCCUUUGUAGUUGUUUCUAUUCGCUAUGUACAAGUCAUGAUACAAUAACAGUCAUGGGUUAUUGUAUCAUGUGUGCAAGUUUGGAAAACGUAGUGCUAUAGAUCAUAGAAGUUUUUAGCACUUUAAUGUUAGUCGUAUAUGAAUUACAAAUAAAAUGACUUUUUUUACGUUUCAGUCACAAUUUAGAUUCCAUCAUUUGAACAAUUAGUUCUUCUUCUUCUUCUUCUUCUUCUUCCUCUUCUUCUUUUAUAUAGGCAGUAUUGCAUGUUUUUCUUCAACGGUGCCUUUCAUUCUGCCCUUAAGUUGUCAUUCCAUCUUUUCCUUGGGCGUCCUAUACUUCUCCUGCCUAUAUACUUGUCUCUGGCUAUUCUUAUUACCCUUGAUUCAGACAUCGUGCUCAUUCCACUCUUCUUUUCUGUUCUUUACCCAGGUAUUUGUAUUGUCUACCCCACAUAUGCGUCUGAUUUCAUCACUUCUUACUCUAUCCUGUAGUCCUUUUCCAGCAAUCCUUCUUAAGAUCUUCAUUUCGUUGGUUUCCAGAUGUCUUCGUGUUUUGCUUGUAUCUGGUCUUGUUUCGGCCGUGUAAGUCAUAACUGGCCUAAUUACUGACAUGAAUUCGGGCCUUUGUUUCCAAUCUUAGGUGUUUGUUUUUCCAAAUUGUGUCGUUUAGGCAUCCGACCGUUCUACUGGCUUUAAUUAUUUGGUCUUUUACCUCUUCUUCGAUAUUAUUGUCGGCUGAUAGAUUAAUUCCCAGAUAUUUGACAGUCAUUACUUGUAUAAUUUGAUUGUCUAACUCCAAUUUGCAUCUUAUUGGUUCUUUUUCAAUUACUAAGCUUUUUGCUUUUUGGGCUGAUAUUUUCAUAUUCAUUUCUUUUGCGUUAAUGUUGAACUCGUGCAAUAAUCUUUGUAGGUCGUCUUCGCACUCUGUUACUAACACUGUGCCAUCAGCGUAACAGAGUAUUUUUAUCUCGCUGUUGCCCAUUUUGUACCCUCUUUUUUUCUUCACUUGUUUUAUUAUUGCAUCCAAGAUUGUGUUAAACAGUAGAGGGCUUAGUGAAUCUCCUUGCCUGCUUCCUGUGUUUGUUUCUGUGGGUUCUGUUAUUAUUCCAUUGUCUUUCAAUUCUAUUUUAUUUCUUACAUAUAUGUUUUCUAUCAGUUUUAUGAUAUCCAGUGUUAAAUUUUUGUCAUAUAGUAGGUGUAUCACAUCUUUUAAUUGGAUUCUAUCAAACGCUUUCUCUAGGUCUAUGAAACAGAAAAAUGCUGGUUUGUUAUAUUCUAAUGAUUUCUCCGCUAUUUGCCUUAUCACAAAAACUGCAUCGUUACAUGAUCUUCCACUUCUAAAUCCUUGUUGUUCAUCGAUAUAUUUAUGCACGCCAUUAUUUUCUCCAUAAGUAUUUUUGUUGUGAGUUUCAGUAUAGUGCUCAGUAAAUUUACUGAACAAUUAGUUAAUUAAGUAUUUUCUAUGGGAAAUAAGCCACAAUUUUACUAAACAAUGAAUUUACUAACGUUUCGAAGCAUUUAGUAAAUUAUUUAAUAAAUAAAAAUGAAAUUAUUUAGUCGUCCCAGGAACGCAACUCAUAAAUAUUGGCGAUAUCAUUUUAAAGUCUUCUACUUUAAAAUGUAUAAUAUACGUCUGAAUUGCCAAUAUAAAUGAGUCAGAUUAAAUAAAUUAUUAGAAGAUUUUUUUUACUUAGCAACAACAUUUUUGUUUAUUUUAAUAGUAUUUUGUAUUUUGACAACGAAACCCGGGUUUGGGCUUCGAAACGUUAAUAAAUUCAUUUUUUAGUAAAAUUGUGGCUUAUUUCCCAUAGAAAAUACUUAAUUAUAAAAAUGCCACAAGGAAAUAGCUUCAGAACAACAGUUAGUUAAUGGUAUAAAUCUGCAAAAAUGUCAUCAGCAUAAUUUGUGUUGUUCAGUAGUUCUUCAUGUAUAAGUAUUAAACAAUAUAAGCAAUGUUUAGAUAAAUAAACAAUUUUUAUCAUAGAUGUAAACAUUUAUGAUUCCAAUUGCAGUCAUAUCCACUGUAAGAAUGAAUUAGUUAAAUUCACUUUAACAAUUGCAUAUCAUAUCAAUAUUUUGGAGAAACAUUAAGAAUGCCGAAUUUAGGUUAUGUUACUUACUUCUGCUUUAUUACGAUAAAAAUCCACUUUUCCCUUUGCAUUUAUUUGUGCAACUUGAAUUGACUAUUUCUUGUUUAAUUUUAACAAUUUAUAACAAAGUAUUUACAACAUUCUAUUUUCAUCAAUGAUAGUACUUAUGAAAUGUGCUAAAAAUGAUACAAGGUUUCUCCGCUACACACGCACUAUAGUUUUUCUUAUCCCCUUUAAGUACUUGCACAUACCGAAUAUACUUCACUGUGCUUUAUUCAUUUUCUCCGGAUCUUUUUUGCAUAUUGUUUCACUAUCGUGCACUAGGUUUUCUUGUAUUUUUGUCGCGGGCAUAUAUUUUUUAAUUGCCUUUAUUGGAUAUGGUUAGUACAAUCUUAUUUACAAAAUGAAUUUAUUACUAUUUUUGAAUUGUAUUUGAAACUAAAAAGCAGAACAUGUUGGGAUUUAAUACAUUAAAAUGCACAUCACAAGAGGCAAUAAUUAAUCUAAAUACGCAACUAUCACACAUGGGCUUCGACAUGGAGAUAGGCUAUCUCCAUGUCGAAGUCCUGAGUGUGUUUGGAAAAUUCUAUUUUAUUAUCUUUUCUAAUUUAAUAAGCCAUUAUUUUUGUGGUCAUUCAAGCUUUUUCAACAUUUUUUUUUCUAAUUUUUAACAAUUGUUAGAAAGCAGAUUUAAUAGAGCUUUAAAAUUGAUUAAAGUGUGAACGGCCUGAAUAAAAUGUAUGUAGUUUUAAACGCACGUUAUCAAAACGCGUGUUAUCAAAUAUAUUAAUUGCUAGUUUUGCAGUUGUUUCUACGUUAAAAUCAUCGUUUUAACAACGCAUGGUCUGGCUUUUUAUUAUUUUUUGAUUUUGAUAAGCUUUUUCUUUGAAGUAAGAUAAGUCGAAAUCAGUCGUAUUUGACGAUUUUGUCUCACUGCUAACUCGGAAAUAUGAGCUAAGCUAAAAACUAAGACUUUACUACAAUACUGUAUUUUCUAACUAAUAAGUGAGAGUAUCUGUGGUUAGUUUUCUCUUGGAUUUGGAUAUACUCUGUAAUUAUUGCAUUUAAUAGAAGACAUAUUGGUUAUAUAAAAAUGUUUUCUUUAUAUUUAUCAUGUAAUUUAUAUUAUUAUUAUUAUCUUGUUAUUGCUUAGUGAUAUUAGUGUUUAUAUUUUUAAUAUUUUGUUGCUUGUGCCUUUCAGCAUUUUUGUUUCUUUUCAUUAGGUAGAUAAGUUUUCUAAACCAGUUAAUAAAAUUCUUGUAAUUAGAGUCAAGAAAUUUUAAAAUCUGACAGGAAUAAUUAUUGAGUCCUAGAAUAGCAGGAAUAUUUCAAUUGUCACAAUUUCCCAUUCAACAAAUGCGUACGAUAUUUUCAAAAUUAUGCGAAAUCUCCUGUUUCACUGUUCCUAUUAUGUUUAAUGUGAUUCAUUGUGUCUAUUUUAAUGUCAUAUAUACUUAAUCGCAAAAGUUCUGCACUACAAAAAAUAUGCUCAUUUCGAUUGUUGAUUUUUUCGUGAACGGAUUAAUGAACUCUGCUGUUUUUUUAUUAUUUUAGAUUUUUUUUCUUUAGUAUGUACAGUUACGAUCACUGAAUAGUGUACACCUUAAUUUUUAUAUUUCAAUACUGUAAAGUUGCAGUGUCGUACGGAUUUAAUAAAUAUGUCAAAGUCAAAAAAAUUUCAAAAAAUCAAUGGUAUUCAAAAAUUUCGCAAAUGUUGAACAAUAAAAUAAAACGAUAUCAAACUCCUCCAAAAUGGUUAGAAUGCAUUUGAAUGAUGCGAAAAAAGCAAGAGCAACUGCCAAACUCGAAGAAGGUUGGUCACUAAGGCAAGUUGCUGCAGAUUUGAACGUGAGCCAUAUGUGCAUAUGGAAAAUCAAACAAAGAUGGGAUAAUGUUCACUCUACAGCACGGUUAGGCGGUUCAUGAGGGCAAAAGGUCUCCACAGAUGAACAGGAUGAAAUAUUAGUAGAUUAUUUGAAAUAUUCUCCUUCUGUCACAGAUCAAAAAGCUAGCGAAGAGACAGCAUUUCCUCAGCAAGUUCUCUUGACAAUUGAACGACUAACGUUCAGUGUUCAGUUGUCUUGCCACACCCCUUUGGUGUGCUCCAUUUUCUAGCAAUGUAACAAUCUGAACAGACUUUAGAUAUUUUUCCAUCGUUAUUAGAUAUAUCUUUCACUGUGAGGAGCCCAGUGUAACAUUGGAGAUAUCCUAGAAACUUUUUAGAACACUACAAUAGUUCAUACAUACAUACAUAAUCGGAAACCUCUUAUACCCGUAGGUGUCGAGGUUUACAAGCUCUCUUAAAUUUUGUCUACAAAUUGACGCUACUCUUCUCUGUCUCUAGCUAGUUCCUUUGCCUCACUCCUUGUCUUCCCUCUUUCUUCGAGAAUCUCGUUUAUGCAUUUGUUCCAUGUUUUUUUGGUCGUCCUCUACGGUUUUCCCUAUUUUUCUCGCUUCCCAUAUCUUCUUCACCUGUCUAGUUUCGUUCAUUCUGUUCUCACCGUUCAUGUGUCCCACUAUUUCAGUUUCUUUUCUUCUGCUUUAACCUUUAGUGAUUUCGUUCCUAGUUCUUGUCUAAUGUCUUCGUUUCUUCUUCUGUCUGUUCUUUUAACACCCAGCAUUUUCCUCAAGUAUUUCAUUUCACUUGCUUGCAGUCGCUUUGUUUGUCUUUCGUCAAGUACCCAGUUUUCUGCCCCAUAGGUUAAUACAGGUUGGUUUAGUUUUUGUUGUUAUUUCUUUUCUGUUCAAGAAGUUUUUGUAUAGUGCAUGAUAUAUUCAAGUGACUCAGAGAGCUAUGGAACGGAGAAUGCUCAACAUUAAGCUCAGUGAUCGCAAGUCCAAUAAAGAGAUAACAAGACGAUCAAAAGUAACAGAUGUGAUCCAGAAGGUUGCCAUGUUAAAAUGGAACUGGGCAGGACACAUAGGAAGAAUGGAAGACAACCGCUGGACAAAGCGAAUUCUCGAGUAGCGACCAAGGGCAAGCAAAAGAGGUAGACCUCAGACAAAAUGGACUGAUGAUAUCUCAAGAGAAUGGCUGACAACGAAUGGAUGCAAAAAACAGAAAUCAGAUACGAAUGGACACACCUAAGGGAGGCUUACAUCCGACGAUGGAUGAUGAUGAUGACUGUUGAUGAUGAUUAUGAUAAUGAUGAUGAUGAUGAUAUAUUCUAGUUGCUGGGUUUUUUCUGGCACCAAUCUCGUCUUCUUGCGUCCUUUUAUUAUUCAAACUUAUCCCUAAGUACUUUAAUAUUUCUAUCUGUUCGAUUACAUUUCCUUCAAUGUUAAUGUUUAUUUUUGUGUUGUUUUUUUGUUACUACCAUCACUUUAGUUUUCUCGAUGUUUACUCUUAAGUUGUAUGAUUUUAAUCCUUUGUCCACAUUGUCAUGUUCUUUUGAAGGUAUUUUUCUGUUUUUGCUAUAAGCACUAUAUAAUCUGCAAAUACGAAUGCUUCUACUUUGACUCCAUGCAUGUUUCUGUAUCCUGCAAUAUAUUUUUUUGUUUUUGGCCAGCAAGCUUUUAUUACUUCGUCCAUAACGCUUGUAAACAAUAAAGGACUCAAUACACCACCCUGUCUGACUCCAUCGAUAUUUUUGAAGUUCUGUUUCUUGUUCUUACUUGGUUUGGUUAUUAAUGGGCGCGUUCAGCGGUGAGUGAUCAAUUUACGCUACUGAUACAUCGAAUGAACUGCUCUUUAUAUUCCGCUACAUUUCCUGCUCCAAUUUGUUUGUCAAAUGUCAAAUAUUUUAUUUAGCUGUCAAGACCUUAACCAAACUCUAUUUUGUAAUUUUGUCUACUCUAAAGAAAAAAUAAUUAAUUAUCAAAUAUCAGAUCAUCUAGAUACUGUUUUAUUUUCUACCAGGUAACAUUAUAUACAAUAGAUACCUUUAUAAAUCUGGUUCACUUCCUCCCUUUGUUAGGUUUUUAUCAAGAACUAUCAGAAUGGAAUUCCAGAAUAUUCUUGAAGAGGCAAUGUAUGAAAACAUCUUACUUAAUUUAAUUAAUGAUGAUGAUGUGCCUCAAAAAACUCGAAAAUAGGAACCAAAAUUUGCGCCAAAAGUACCUGUUUAUUGCUUGUACGCAUGCGUCAUUUUAUGCUACACUGAAAGUAUUACACUCACAAUGUGCUCCAAAAGAUGGCGACCGCUCCGCUACAUUUUCGAAUCGAAGUUCGAUUUUCAUUCUAUGUAGCGCACAACGCAAAAGUCGUUCAGCGUGAAGGAUCGAUUUGUGAUCCUACAGAUCACUUUAUGCUCAUUUACCGCUGAACGCCACCAGUAUUUUCAUACAGACUACGUACCACCUUCAACAGUUCUUCAUCUACAUUAUUUUUCUCUAGGCUCUGCCAGAUUCCUGUCCUAUUAAAAUAGUUCAUAAAACAAUAAUUAUUGCGAAACGUUGAUUCGUAAAUAAUCAGUUUUGAGAAUUUUAUUGUUAAUAGGUUUUGUGAAUUUGUUUAUUUUCUCUACAGGCUCGGUCUAGCUUCUAAGUACACGCACGUGAAAAUUCAUUGAAUUUAAUUAAACAUAAAACAAAUUAAAAGAAAAUGGAGAGAUAUAUUAAAAAAAAUAAAAUGUCCUAGAUUUUGUGGGUGGUUUGUUUUCUCUGCUGCGCAGUGUAUUUGUAAGGCCAUGAAAAUUACUUUUUACAAUUAAUUUAUUCUUCUGUGUUAUUUUUUUAGACGCCUCAAUAAUUUUUUUAAAUGGUAAUCCCCGUAUGUCGUAAUUUCAAAAUGUUAAUAUAACUACUACUUUUCAAAUAUAGUGAAAUUUUUUACCGACUAUAAUAUUAUACAUAUUUAAUUAGUAUGAUGGUCACUUCUUAUGUACAUAUAACCAGUAUUAUUAUAUAUUCGCAUAACAUAUUCCAAUCUAAAAAGGCACAUGGAAAUUAUAAUUUAUACGCAAAUGCAAACAGUAAUGAGUGCGUUAAUAACCGGCAAAAUAACGCAAACGAUGGAAAACAAUUAAUACGUUGUGAAAUAAAAAGACAUUAAACUAGUAGAGGUGGGAAACCUAUAAAUUUACAUUAUAUUGAUAGUUUCCCACCUUUAGACGUAUCGGAGGAGUUUGGCAACUGCCACGGUCUGUUACAGUUUGACUCCGAUACGUCGAAAUGUGGAAAACUAUCAAUAUAAUAUAAAUUUAUAGGUUUCUAUUGAUAAUUUCCCACCUCUACUAGUUUCAUCCCUUUUUAUAUCACAGCGUAUUACGUUUUCCGUCUUCUCCGUUAUUUUGCCGGUUAUUAGCGCACUCAUCAUUGUAUAACGAACAUGCGAGUGUCAGUUAGUUAUUGUAAUAAUCAUAAUAAUAAAUUACAAUUAUUAUUAUUUCUUAUAUUAUAUUAUUAGAGGAUCGACUCAAAGAUAUGUUGGACUAAAAACACAGAAUCAACAGCCAAUUUCGUGAGUUUAAGAGUAAUAUUCUGCUAGCACUUUUAAAUUUAUACUCACCAAUAGGAGUACUUUUAUUAUUUGAGAUGGGCGCAUUAUGCACCCAUACUUUGUGAUACUUGGGCGUAUAACAUGUGAGUAUCCUGUAUAAUAAUAUACUGGGAAAAAGUCAAGACACAUCUUGUUGUUUAGCUAUCAGAUACAUAUUCUGCAAUAUUUUAAUUUGUUUACUAGAAAAAAAGCUUGUUUUAAAGCAAGAAAUGUGUGAAAACGUGAGUAAUUAUUUAUAUAGUCUAAUUUAUUACUUUUUGUAAUCGUUUUUCAUUUUUGUAUAACCUUAAAUGUCUCUUGCAUGACAGUGUAAAAUAAUGCAUUUCUAAUUUUGAAAGACUGCCGUUGUAUAUACCUACUUUUAUUUACAGUAUUUCUUAAUAAAAGUUUUAAAAUGUA